AUGACCAUCGGGCCUGCCCCAUGGCUGGGCCCUCUGCUCCUUGUUUCCUUCUGGGGGCUCUCAGCUCCAGCCUCCCUUCUUAGGCGCUUGGGAGAGCACAUUCAACAGAUUCAGGAAAGCUCUCAUCUGGGCCUGGGCCUGAGCCUGGGGCCAGAUGAUGUAGCUCUCCCAAAAGUGGGGUGGCUGGAGCAGCUGCUGGACCCCUUCAACUCAUCUGACAGACGAUCCUUCCUGCAGCGUUACUGGGUUAAUGACCAACACUGGGCUCACCAGGAUGGACCUGUAUUCCUGCAUCUGGGAGGUGAAAACAGUCUUGGACCUGGCUCAGUGAUGCGAGGGCAUCCUGCAACCCUAGCCCCAGCCUUAGGGGCCCUGGUGAUUAGCUUGGAGCACAGAUUUUAUGGCCUGAGUAUACCUGCUGGGGGCCUAGACGUGGCCCAGCUCCACUUCCUGUCUAGCCGCCAUGCGCUGGCUGACGUGGUCUCUGCACGACUGUCACUCUCCCGCCUCUUCAACGUCUCCUCCCUCAGCCCCUGGAUCUGCUUCGGAGGCUCCUACGCCGGCUCCUUGGCCGCCUGGGCCCGGCUGAAGUUCCCUCAUCUCAUUUUCGCCUCCAUCGCCUCCUCGGCUCCGGUGCGGGCAGUGCUGGAUUUCUCCGAGUAUAAUGAUGUGGUGUCCAGAAGCCUACAGAGCAUAGCGAUUGGCGGGUCCCUGGAGUGUCGGGCGGCGGUGUCCGCUGCCUUCGCGGAAGUGGAGCGGCGGCUCAGCGCCGGAGGAGCGGUUCGAGCAGCACUGCGGGCGGAGCUGGGCGCGUGCGGGUCUCUGAGCCGCACUGAAGACCAGGCGGAGCUGCUGGGGGAGCUGCAGGCACUGGUAGGAGGCGCGGUGCAGUACGACGGGCAGACGGGAGCGCCACUGAGCGUGCGACAACUCUGCGGACUCCUCCUCGGGGGCGGGGGCAACCGCAGCCACCCAAUGCCCUACGGUGGGCUUCGUCGGGCGGCGCAGAUUGUCAUGCAAAGCCUAGGUCAGAAGUGCCUAAGCUUUUCCCGAGCAGAGACAGUGGCACAGCUGAAGGCCACAGAACCCCAAGUAUCUGGCAUUGGUGACCGGCAGUGGUUGUACCAGACAUGUACCGAGUUCGGCUUCUAUGUCACGUGUGAGGAUCCCAUGUGUCCUUUCUCCCAGCUUCCAGCACUGCCUUCCCAGCUAGACCUAUGUGAGCAGGUGUUUGGGCUCUCAGCCUCAUCUGUAGCCCAGGCUGUGGCCCAGACUAACUCCUACUAUGGUGGACAGACCCCUGGGGCCACCCAAGUGCUGUUUGUUAAUGGGGACACAGACCCCUGGCACGUGCUAAGUGUAACACAGGCCUUGGGAUCCUCACAGUCAGCUCUUCUCAUCCCCAGUGCCUCCCACUGCUUGGACAUGGCACCUGAAAGACCUUCAGAUUCCCCCAGCCUCCGGCUAGGGCGCCAAAGCAUCUCCCAGCAGCUGCAGACCUGGCUCAGGCUGGCAAAGGAUAGCCAGGUUAGGGGUGGGGUCUAAUCCUACACCCUCACUACUCCCUGCAUGGCCACCUCAGCCCUGG